AUGUCACAUUUGGACCUGUUUGGCAGCAAGAAAAGGAAGAGAGGAGAGAGGGUGUUUAAGUUCAAGACAUUUGGUGAACAAGGCUAUCCUGUGGAUUGGGGUGGCACAUUUUGGCAAAAUGUGGAGAGCCUUUUGGAAUUUGGGAAUUUGGAGGGUGAUUUGUGUUGUGGAAUGGCAAGUUGGUCAUUUCAACUCGAGGUCCAUCGACACCCUCCAGUUCAUGUCUUGCUGUUUGUUGUCGAAGAACCGAUGGAGGUCUCGCUUGAUCGGCAAUGCAAACACUGCCAAUUUGUAGGUUGGGGACACCACAUGAUAUGCAAUAAGAAGUACCAUUUUUUGAUGCCAUCCAAGGACACAGUUGUGGCUUGUUUGAACUAUCACGGCAGGCCACCUGAUUCAACAAAGGCCCAGCCCAAUCUAGUAGAAUUGCAGGGCCAUAUCAUGCAUGGUGUCUUCCAUUCCAAUGGGUUUGGGCAUUUGCUUUGUGUCAAUGGGCUCGAAAUGGGCUCGGGCCUGCCCGGUUGCCAGAUCAUGGACUUUUGGGAUCGGCUUUGCAGUGGUUUGCAAGCGAGGAAAGUGAGUUUAAACGAUAUUUCACAGAAGAAAAGCAUGGAUUUGAGGUUACUCCAUGGAAUAGCACAUGGUGAGCCAUGGUUUGGUCGAUGGGGCUAUAAAUUUGGGCGUGGAACGUAUGGUGUUACUCAAUCAAUGUACCAAAAAGCCAUUGAAGCCAUACAAAGUAUACCAUUGUCCUUGCUUGUUCAUCAUCUUGGCAACUCCAAUCAUGAAAUUUCAAUCAUAUUCUCUAGAUAUCAAACGCUUUCGGGGCAUUCCUUGGCGACAUUAGGUGAUCUAUUCCAUUUUAUGCUAGAGCUCAAAUCACGCCUUCCAAAAGAAAGUUGUGUUGACUCCUACAACUCUAGAAUUUUGGUUGAAAAAUCUUGUAGAUGGUCUCCUAAGAGAGUUGAAAUGGCCACUAGAGUGAUUGUUGAAGCCCUAAAGAGGGCUGAAUUUAGGUGGGUAUCAAGGCAAGAAGUUCGAGACACUGCACGUGCCUACAUCGGUGACACAGGUCUACUAGACUUCGUGUUGAAGUCACUUGGAAACCACAUAGUAGGGAACUAUUUGGUUCGUCGCAGCUUAAAUCCGGUUACAAAAGUACUAGAAUAUUGCUUGGAGGAUGUAUCCAACGCGUGUCUCAAUGAUCACGAAGGUUUAACUACAAGUGAUUCAAAAACAAAAGCACGGUACAUGAUCACAAGGGUACAACUCAUGAAGGACAUGUUUUACUUGUACAAACACGUCCUUAAGGAGCAAAAGACAACAAUGACUUGGGGGAUAUUGGCAACAAUUCCAUUAGCUUCAAGGAUAAUUCUUGAUACCAAGUAUCUUAUCAAAGAACAUUGUGGAGGAGAGCUAAAAGUACAAGUAGGCAUUGCAUCAAAAUCAAAGAUCUAUUGUACAAUUGUGUUGAGAAAGGACAAUAAUGAUGUUGAUGAAAGGCUACAAAAGGUGAUGGCACCGUAUGAGUGUUUCGCGUUAAAUAGUAACACGACAUUUGAUGAACUCAAGACACAAGUUGAGCAGCGUUUUAGAAGGUUAUAUUGGGGAUUGAGGAGCUUUGUGGUACAAUCUAUUGUGAAUUUGAAUGUUAAGGGAUCGGAUUUAGUUUUCGGGUUAGUUGAAGUGGGUGGAAAAGUUGUGUUUGAGGGGACAAAUGUUGGGGAGAUAGGAAUUAUUGUCAGUGAGGAUAUAUUUGAAGGUACUCAAAAUAAAUGUGUUAUGAAUUGUGGGUGUGGAGCCAAAGACAACGACGGUGAGCGAAUGGUGUCGUGUGAUAUUUGUGAAAUUUGGCAACACACGCGUUGCGUUCGGAUUCCAAAUAAUCAAGAAAUUCCAAGCAUAUUUCUAUGCAGCCGAUGUGAGCAAGACAUUUUGCUAUUCCCUUGUCUUCCAUAGCUUACAUAAAAGUCCAUUUUCGGGUAUAUUUCAAGUUGUGUAAGAAAGAAAACAAAAC